UUCAAUCACACUCUUAAAACCCUAAUCUCCAAAAUCCUCACCUUUCAUCCCCAUUUCCACUCCCAUUCAACAAUGGCGAGAGCUCUCGCUUCUUCCUGCACACGCCACUCCACCCUCCUCACAAUGCGGCUCUUCUCCACCACCACCACCACCACCACCACCGCUAUUUCCCUCCGCAAAUCUCCAAUCCUCUCACAAUCCCCUCGUCGAUCCGUCUACGCUCUCUCCCAAGUCUUCUUCACUCCGACCACCCGCUUCGGCGGCAUCCGCUGCCGUGUCAACCGCGCCGGCGACUCAGCAUACUCGCCGCUCAACUCGUCCGGCUCUAACUCCUUCAGCGACCGCCCACCCACCGAGAUGGCCCCUCUGUUUCCCGGUUGCGAUUACAAUCACUGGCUCAUCGUCAUGGAUAAGCCUGGCGGCGAGGGUGCCACCAAACAGGAUAUGAUUGAUUGUUACGUCCAAACCCUCGCCAAAGUUCUUGGCAGUGAGGAGGAAGCUAAGAAGAAGAUUUACAAUGUGUCUUGUGAGAGGUACUUUGGAUUUGGAUGUGAGAUUGAUGAGGAGACGUCUAAUAAGUUUGAAGGGAUGAAUGGUGUGUUGUUUGUCCUACCGGAUUCGUAUGUUGAUCCUGAGUACAAGGACUAUGGGGCUGAAUUAUUUGUGAAUGGAGAGAUUGUCCAGAGACCUCCUGAAAGACAAAGAAGAGUGGAGCCACAGCAACAAAGGCACCAAACAGACCAAGGUACAAUGAUAGAACAAGGUAUGUCAGGCGUAGAGAAAACUCGCAGCGGUGAAGCACCAGCUUGUAAUAAGGAGGGAUCAUAUGUACAUACUAUGGGAGUAGUGCAUUCUAUGCGCUACUUAGUCCUUGAAAGCAUAUCGUUCUAAGUUAUGUUGGGGGUGAUAACUUAAAGUUGUGUCAUUGAACCUGUAUCAUUUAGAUUCCUCUUUGUUAUAAUUUUUCCUCUGACCAGAAUCUUGAACAUGAAUGUUAUGGUUGUGGUAUUUCUACCUACAUUGAAUUAUUUUUUCCUCACGACUUGAAAAUAUCAGUUGCUAUAGGUGUUGGUUUA